AUUGGAGAUGAUAUUUAGGGUAACACCAUCAAGCCCAGCCUCAAAUUGACCUAUUAAAUCCUGCCCGACCCGGUAACAUCUUAUUAUCUUCUUCCUCUAAAUUCACUCGCGGCUUCAGAGGGCUGUUUUGAGUAAUGGAGGCGGAGCUAAUUGAGCUGUACGAGGCGGCGAAAAAGUCGGCCGAUUUGGCCGCCGGCGACGGAGUGGAGGAGUCGUCGCCGGAAGAAGACCGAUGCGUUGAUGCGUUGAAACAGCUCAAGAAGUUCCCUGUUAAUUAUCAACUCCUUGUCUCUACUCAGGUUGGUAAACAACUUCGACACUUAACGAAACAUCCUAGGAAGAGGAUUCAGACUUUGGCUUCCAACUUGAUUGGUGUAUGGAAGAAUAUAAUUGUCGAGGAAACAACAAAGAGUAAGAAAAAUGGGAACUUGGUUAGCAAAGAUUCCGUAAAAGAAGAGCCUGUCCAUACUUCUGGUGCUAAGAAGUUUGCAAGGGUGAACUCAGUGAAGGUUGAGAAGGCCUCCAAAACAGAAAAUGUGAAGCUUGAGAAAACAAACUCCAGCAGCUCUCUGGUGUCUGAGACAAUUUCAAAGUCUGAAAGUAUAUCCACUGUAAAAAAGGUUGAACAUUUCGAUAGUUUCAAGAUCGAAAAGAGUUCUUCUGGGAAUUCCUCGAAAGUUGAAAAAGAAAUAACCAAAGAAGUGACUUCUGAUGUGAGAAAACCUAGAGCAACAGUGAGACCAAUAGGAAGCACCGCUCCUCCCAAGAUGUCUUCUGUUACUCUCUGUAAGGAUCCGUUGCGUGAUAAAGUUCGAGAGCUGUUAUCAGAGGCUUUACUUAAAGUUUCAGGUGAGGUUGGUGAAGAACUACGAGAAGAAGCAGACGCCUCUGACCCAUAUAGAGUUGCUGUUUCCUUGGAGUCGGCUAUGUAUGAGAAGUGGGGCAAAUCUAACGGGGCACAGAAGUUCAAGUAUAGAUCAAUAAUGUUUAAUAUCAAGGAUUCCCAGAACCCUGAUUUUCGGAGGAAAAUCCUUCUUGGGCAUGUCAAGCCUGAUCAAGUUCUGCUUAUGACUCCUGAAGAAAUGGCAAGUGACGAGAGGCAGCGUCAGAACAAAGAAAUAAAAGAUAAAGCCUUGUUUGAUUGUGAGCGAGGAGGAGCACGACAGGCCAGUACUGAUCAAUUCAAGUGCGGCCGGUGUAAGAAAAAUGAGUGUACUUACUAUCAGAUGCAGACUCGGAGUGCUGAUGAACCCAUGACAACAUAUGUGACAUGUGUGAACUGUGAUAACCGCUGGAAAUUUUGUUAAGGGUUCCCAUCGAGCUGGCUCUGCUUACAAGUUAUGGCAUCUUGUCGUUCUAAGUGGAUUAUGUUCCCCAGCCGCAGUUGUAACGUAUAAGUUCUAGGAUUUCUUUUCAGAAGUAUCAGUCUCCUGUCCAUGUAGCAAGUCUAGUAUUCACUGUUGCAAUCCUUGUAUUGUGUAACGUUCCUAGGGUUUUACGUCAUCUGAAGGCUUAUUUGCUCUUAGAGAUGGCUUAUUUGUUGUUGAGAGAUGAUUUAAUUAAUAUUGUUGAUGUUCUCGUACUA